AUGCAAAUCACUAAUUCUGCCCAACUUCCCGAUAAUUUUGAAUAUCAGGAAAAUGAAGACAUAAAUGACUCUACUAUUCUUAUCGAUCCUUUAUUACCAUCUGCAAGCAUUCCUUUAGAGCAACAGCAAACCAACAUCGAACAUAAAAAUCUUUCAAAUAUACAGGAUGGAAAUGAAAUCAAAGCUCCUUCGCCUCAAUUAGUAAAUAAUGACGUCGAAAACCAAUCGGUUAAUUUACUUCAGCAAAAUAUAAAUCAAAUUAUGAGUAUGAAUAUGAAUCUUUUUAACAGUAGUAACAUGCAAAGAUCGGAAGAUCAAAGACUCUCAGAUCAAGUUCAGAAUAAUGAUAACUUAAUCUCUCAUGAUCUUAAUAAAAUUAUGAGUUUUUCCAGUGAAAACUCUCAAAACGAUCAUCAAAUUUAUGAAAAUGCUAUAAAUUUCCGAGCUGAUGGAAUUUUGUCAAAAGAAUCUCGGGACCAAAAUGUAAUUCCAAUAGGCAUUGACGAAAUAACGAAUACGGACAUAUUCACUAUCAAAAAUGAAACUGAGAUGCAAAAGAAAUCUUCUGAUUCAACAAUUGGAUCAAGAUCAGCUCAUUUUAAUAACAGUUCGAUGGUAGAAGUUAAUUUUGGAGAUAUUAAGAAUAAAAUUGAUUCUAAGGAAAAUAUCCGUAAAAUUCUCGAAAAUAAAAAUUAUUCGAGUACCAAAAUUAAAUAUGGUAAAGACUUGGCUGAAUGUAUUCCCGGGUUAUAUCGCUUGUUAGAUUUAUGUAAGGACGACGGUUCGAAUGGACUUGUUGUAAAUCCAGAUUUAGGCUUAGUUAUUCAUUGGCCUGAAACAGGGUGUUAUGAGGAAAAUGCUUCUCCGCAACAUAAAAAGAACAUGACUAAUCUUCAUAGAUAUUUGACAAAGCUUACCGACAAUCAGAUUUGCCUUAUGAGUGAUAAGGACUUGGAAAAUUUUGAUUGGCAUUUAGACGAUUCCGAUGUCGAUUCUGACGAUGAUGAUGGCGCCAGCUAUGAAUUUGAAGUUAAGAAAAGUCAAGAAGAACAAGAAGAUUUUAAAAUUCAUCCAGGCUUUGAGGUAAAUUUAUCUGAUAACGUCAAAACUGAAAUAAAUAACAAUAUACAAGAUGAUGUACCAUUAUGUCCAAUUGUGGUCGAAUCAACAACAAAUCAAUCAUUUGUAACUCGCAAGAUGAUGAAAACAGCUAAAACAUUAAGUAAAAGCACCUUAACUUUUUCGGCGAGUGUACUUUCGACUGUUUCUACAGAACUUUAUAAAAAGCUUCAAGGACGUAGUUUAUAUAUUAAUCGUGAAUCAAUGGAUAUGAAACAAUUGGAAUUGUUGAUUAACAACGGAUUCAAAACAGAGAAUGAACUCUUAAAACCAUUUCAUGAUGCAAUAGCCGUUGCGAAAUUGCAAAUAGAAGUAAAGAAAAAUCAAGAAAAAGAUGCAGUGAAAAGAGAUGCAGAGAUCAUUUCCAAGAUGGCAUGGAAGAAAUUAGAAGAUUCUUACAGUAUAAUCGAGUCAAAAAUUAAUGGCGGAAACUCCGUUUCUCAAGAAAAACAAGAUGAAAUUAUUAGUGAAGAAGAUGUUAACAGAAUUCAAUCAAAAUAUCCCAAGAUCGAAGAGACAACUAAAGAAAAAAUUAAAAUUAAUUCUCAAGCUUGGUAUAAGCUGAAAAAGAGAUAUGCUUUAGCAUGUAUUGUCUUAUUUCAAGUUCUCAACUUAUCAUCAGAUAACGACAAAUCAGGAAAAAUUGCAGAAUCGGCAAUUCAAGAUUUUUAUAAUAUGUUUGUUGAUAAAGAGAAUGAUAUAUACGCACUAGUUAAAAAAUAUGAACGACAAUCUCUCUUUUUUUCUAUAUUAUCCACAAUCCGAGAGAAAAUUACAUUUGAUUAUUCACGCAUAAAUCAAAUUGAGGAGAAAUGUAAAAAUUUUGCCAAAAACAAACCAGAUUCUGAGUUUGUUCGAGACCUUAUAGAUUCUCGAUUUUUUGGAAAAUUUAUCGAUAUAAAAGAAAAAGUAGUGCAGACUUUCUUGAAUGAAUACCAAAAGUGGAAAAGAGACACUUUCCCAGAUAAUGUUAGAGAAAUUGUUCCAAAAUAUUCCUUUAACAAACAAUUAAUGGAUAGAAUAAAUGAAGAAUAUUCUCGAGAAAGAAAAGAAAUUGAGAAUCGUGAAUUCGAAAGAAUCUGUAAUAAAUUAGAAGAAAAAUAUCAUGAUGGACCCCUACGUUUGAAUAUAUUAAAUGUUACUACAGAUGAUCGGUAUGGAAAGUCAUUCCGCUUAAUUCACGAGUUAGAAACAACUCAACCAAAUCAAUUAAAAAUAACUAUUUACGAGACAUCAUUAGAACAGUCAGAUGUAUUACAAAUUCAAGAUAAUGAACUUUAUAUACCAACUCCUAUUUUGUCUUCGCGUCAAUGUGGCAUCACUUUUCAAAUUGAUCCUGCAGUUUACGAUUUCAGAAAAAUAUCUCAAUUCGAUAAUCGUAAAUUUCUUCUCGUACUUUACAAUAAAAAAGAGAAAAGAAUUGAAAUAUUCUUUGAUACCGCCCAACGAUUAGCACAAAAUUUUAAAUCGUAUUCAAUUAAAACGUUUAAAACAUUGAAUAUAGAUGACAAUUUUCUUAUGGCAAUUAAUGAGCCAAGAGAAUUAAUUGCUAUAUAUAAUACAAAAGAAGUUAAGUUAAAUGUAUUUUCUUUUGGUGAUAAUCGGUCAAAUUUGUACGGACGUAAUGCAAAUAUUCAGUUAUUGCAGUGGUAUAAUAAUAAUAUACCAAAUAUAAAAUAUUUCCUCUUUAUUAAAGAUACUGAGGAAUUGUGUUUUGUUGAAAAAAGUGGUCGAGCACGUAUUUUUAAUCUUGUGAAUCAGCAAUUCCGACCGGCAAUUUGUAAUCUUCCGUCAAAUACAGUAAACGUUUUAAGUUCCCCUGAUGGCUCUUGCAUUGUAGCAUUCACAAAAGAAAACAUAGCAGUUGAUAACCUUACUGAUAGUGAUGAUGAAAGCGGUGAAAAAAGCGAAGAAGAAACUGAAUCGACUUCUGAUAAAGCUGAUGUCAAUGAUGUUAAGGAACUAUGCCGUGCCUAUGUUUAUUUUUGUUCGAAUUUUGGAGAUUCUGUUAGUAAAAUAAUUGAUUUACCACCGAACCUUCGAUAUUUGGAAUUUUUAGAAUUCACUUGUAUUAAUAAAUGCCAAACUCAUUUGAUGUCACUUGACUUACAAAAUGGAUGGUUUAACUCUGCAAUAAUCAAAAUUACACUUGAGAAAACUCAAUAUCGUUUUCAAGAACGCACGCAAAGACAAUCUAUCGGACGUGUGAAAUUAAUUGAUCCUUCUCUUAUUGAAGGGCAAAAUACACACUUUAAAAGAAGUGUUCAAGUUGGCGAAAAUAUUGUAAUAAUGGGUGUAAAGUACAGUAUAAUUAAAGUUCUUUCGGACACAAAAUUAAAGGUUGCCGGUAAUUCUAAACCAUCAAAUGGAUUUGAUAAAUGGACCGAUUUCCGUAUUGAACCUAAGACAAAACUAAAUGGUCUUAUUGAUGCCUAUAAAUUAAUGUUUGAUAAGUAUCCAGUUGAAAAUUGUAUUGAUCCUGGACAAAAUCGUCCUCUUAGUUUAAAAAUAGUUUUAGAUGAUGUUGUUGAUGAUAUCGAAAAAUACGGCGAUAAAUUUGAAGAUUAUAUCAUCGAAAUAUUUGAAAAUUUGAAACGUUCUACAAAAAAACCCGCCUCGAUAUUAAAAAAGUUUUCUACCUCAGUUAUUACUUUCCAAGAACUUGAUAUUGAAAAUGCGAAGUUUCAGGAAAAAUUUUCAACAGAAUAUGAAUUGGGCGAAUGGGUUAUUCAACUUUGUUGUUUAAUUCCUAUACAAAUUGCUGUCGCAAAAAAUAAUUUAUUUCAGCCACUUAGGGAUGGAUUAUCUUCGAAUGAGAUUGAUCAGGUUGAAUUUGAUGAUGGUUAUGGUCAUCAUGUAGAUAGUAUAACGAAAAACAUCUCUUUUGGAUGGUACGAGGGAAUUUUCAAACAUUUUGGGGAUAAAAAAAUUAAAGUUGUUUCUAGUAUGGGCGAACAAUCAUGUGGAAAAUCAUUCAUGCUAAAUCAUCUUGUUGGAACUACCUUUGACGGUUCUGCGAUGCGUUGCACUGAAGGUGUAUGGAUGUCGUUAGUAAAUACAAAUGAAUAUAUUUAUGUUGCACUUGACUUUGAAGGCUUAAAAUCUCUUGAGAGAACUCCACAAGAAGUCGUAUCAAAUCUCAUACUCUUUAAGAAUCAAUUUGUGAUAAAUAGGGAUAUGUCAACAAUGUUUCAACGGUUUCAAGAUGGCGCAACGCUAUUUGAGUCUGACUCAAAAAUAUUUCAAGCAAAAUUAUGUAUUAUAAUAAAAGAUGUACCCAAAAAUGAUAAAGAUGAAAUUGUUAGAGAAUUUAAAUCAAAAUUUUCUCAAAUAGUUUCGGAGGAGGGCGAAGACAAUUUCAUUUCAAGGAUGUACAAAGGAGGAUUAGAUAUUAUUCCUUGGCCUAUGUUUAAUGAUGCUGCAUGGUUUAAAACCUUAUCUACUGUUAACAAAAAGUUAGAUAAGCAAGAAGUUAAAUAUGAAAAUGCUAGAACUUUCUUACAAAGUACUAAAGUAAUCAUGGCUAAAUUGAAGAUAUGUGAUUGGGGUUCAUUGGACGAAAACCUCAUACAGAUUCGUGUUGCAACAUUAAAAAGAUUACUUCCAACUGUCGUUUCUUAUGGCUUGGAGCAAAAAGACUCUGUUACUGAACAACUUACGAAUCAUGAUACUGGAGAACACAUCGAUGACCCUGUAGUUAGCUUAUCUGACAUAUUACAUGACUUUGAAAAAUCUAUUGAAUUACUACCAGAUUCUGAUAUCCAGUUAUAUGAAGAAAAUGGAUCUUUUGAACGACUUUCUGAAGAUUUAAGGUGUUACUUUGAAGAAAUUGUGCAACCACGAAGAGAAUCAUUAGAUGAUAUCAUGUGGUUCACAAACUGUGACAAAUUUUUCAAAUAUAUUAUUGAACGUCGUGUUUUGCGUGUCCGAAACUGGUAUAUGCAAAAUACUGCCAAAUUUCCACAAGAUAAUAGUGACAUUGUUAAUGGAAAUUAUUUAAUGGAACAAGAAAUAAGUAAACUAACACUUUUCUGGACUUUGUGUGGAUUAACAUGUCAUCAAUGUAACUUAAAAUGUGUAAAAAAUCGUGAUCAUCAAGAAAAUCAUGAUUGCUUAACCGAUCAUAAGUGUCACUUCCUUUGCCAUUUUAUUGAAGCCCACAACAACAGGUUAAUCCCAGUGUGUAGUCACAAAGCUGGACAUGAAGGGAAACAUGCUUGUGACAAAAUUAGUCAUUUAUGCGGUAAACCAUGUAGUCUUAUUGACAAGCGUAAUUGUCAAAAAGUUUGUUCAAAGGAAAUUGGACAUGAUGACGGUGAACAUUUAUGUCAAUCAAAACGGCACUAUUGUGGAAAAGAUUGUUCAUUAUCGACGCAUACCAUAAAAGGAGAUUAUCAUUGUCCAAAUAAAUGUAUUAUAUCAUAUGAAGAACAACAUAGUUCACACCGUUGUGAAAAUGAAACUUGUCCAAUUCAAUGUCCAAUCCCGGAUUGCAAGGAAAGAUGCCAAAGUAAUGAUCAUUUUCAUUCCGACUUACAAGUUGAUCAUUUUUGCGGAAACGAACAUCAAUGUCAAAAAUUUUGCGAAGACGAUGGUAUAUGUAAAGUAACAACUGAACCUAAGAGACAAGAAGAAGUUUAUAAAGGUUUAGUCAAAGAAACUUCUAUAGCAUUUACAAAGUGUACUUUACCUUAUGGGCAUAAACAAAUUCACGAUACAAGACAUGGAAAUAUGACACAAACUGAAUUCACUGGAGAAAGUAAUGAAUUUGAAUAUGCAGGACAUAAAUUAAGGGUCGGAGAUCAAGGAGUAUUUGUCCUUUGCAAUUUGCAUUGUAAAGAUUUAGGUAGACAUCGUCAUAUUGAUUAUUGUCAGAAUGCCGAAAAUUGUAAAUUGGGGAAUCAAGGUCAAGAUAUACAACAUAUUAAUGAGAAAGUUCAACCUAAUCCUGAUAAUCCAAAAGAUUUCAUUUCUCACAAACUUUUCUGGGAGCGUACAGGUUUCAAAGAUCCUUAUUCUGUACAAGAACAACAAGAAUUUACAAAAUGCGAUCACGAAUGUUCUGAUGAAAAGCAUCAUAAGUCUCAAGGAUCAAAUGCCCCCCCUCCAACUAAAUCAUUUUGUGAAUUACAACUUUUUCACGCUCCACUCAAUCCAAGUUCAAAUCCUCCAAAUGAUUAUGGAUAUAUAUCUUUAGAUGGGCAUCAUUUUGAUUGCGAAAAUCCGAGUACACGCGAAGCUGUUUUUCAUAUUAUUUUUGUAUUGGAUCGCUCGGGAUCUAUGAGCUGUAAUGAUAAAAAACCGAUUCCAAAUUUCCCAAUUUAUAAUGAUUUAAUAAAAAAUCAUAAUAAUAGGACUGGGGCAGUUUAUCAAGCGGUCUAUCAAUUUAUGGACGCGCGUAUAAAUUCUGCCACAACAAAUCAAAACCAAAUGUCAGCUACUCAAGAUAGUAUUUCAUUAAUAUUAUUUGACCAUGAGGUUAUCGUUCCAUUUGAAUAUCGAGAUUUAACAGACCCGAAAGAUUUGUUAAAUUCAAUGCUCCAACACCAAGCUCGUGGUGGGACAAAUUAUGAUCUUGCAAUUCAGAAAGCUGGAUUUUUGAUCACAUCUUACUUUGAUCCUACGAAAGUGAAUAUCAUUAUCUUCUUAUCUGAUGGACUAUGUGGCGUCCCAUUUAAUCAACUUCAUACUAUUUGCAAACAAAAUAAGACGAGAGGAUCUCCGUUAUACCUUUAUACGGUAUUGUUCAGCAGUGAUGCGCGUAGUCAUUCUUUAGAAGAAAUGGCAAAGAUUGCUCAAUCAUAUCAUCCACAGAAUUCAUCAUCUGGUGCUCUUAGAUGUCAAUUCACUCGUACUGUUAACGAAGUAACCUUAGUUAACCAUUUUACUGGUGUUGCGGAAAGUUUAAGGAAACACAAACCCGCAUUGUUAAAGAAAAAUCUUAAUUAG